AUGGAAACGCCAUCUUCGGAGGCUUCUGCUUCCGUCAAACCAGCGCAACUCCUAUGGACCUAUGAGCUAUCCCGAAUUAACGACAUCAUGAGAUCUCACUUACAAGCAAAAAAAUCCGAGGCUGAGAACGUUGGAAAUCUGACAAGACUUCUUCGCACAUUCACGAAGGACGUGAUGCUCCUACAAAUCUCAAUGAACACGACAUACGGAGAAUCAGCCUGCAGUCGCAGUCAACAACUGAAUCAUCUCUAUCCUCAGUUCCGCCUCGCCUCGAAAUCCGCCCAGGAUGCCCUUACUGCUCUCCAGACCGCACUCGGUCAUCAUGAGAACUACCACGUCAUAGAUCAAUUUCUCGGCUGUAUGAUGGAUCUCGUCGAGGUGACCCGGGAACUUUACAAGGUGUUUACGGAUAACAGAGAGACACUCGCCAGAGAAACCCAGUCAGAGGAAAAUGCAGAAACAAAGCAAUCGGCACUUGAGUGUCCCCACGAUUUGAAAUCUUCAGAUCGAACCUCGCCUACCAUCAAAACCGAAGAAGGGGACGAGUCAAAAUGCUCGCAGUUCCCCUCUACUCCCACCAUUGAAGAUUUACAGGCCCAGAAUGGCCGCUCCCUCGAAGAAUACUUCAAAGAUGCGAAAACAUUACGUCGCAAACUCCGCCAGUCGAAUGAAUUUGACAUAUCCUCAUUCAUCAGCUUGUUUAUUGAUGGUCUUGAUAAGAAGAUCUACCGUCGUCGAAUAAUUCAUAUCCUGCGCAAAGAAACCUGGACUUGGGGUUGGCUGAAACAUAUGGCUAUUUUCAUUAUUCUCGAGGAACAAUACUUUGAGAAACAGGCUUAUGCGCUUGCGCAUCAACAAGAAGAUGGCUCUGUGAUUCUCCCCGAUGGAACGAAGCAGAAGCGGUUCGUUGUUAUUGAGCCUAUUACGGAGGAAGAUUUGAGUGCUUCUGAGGAGGAGUGA